CACGAAAUCGGAUAAUCAAUCUUUGCUAAAGAGGAACGGUACAGAUGAGGUUUUGCACCUUUCCUAUCAUGCGAAUGACCGGCACCACUAGCACCAAUCCCACCGGGCUGUUCUACUCUAGUGUAUAAACACUAAAUACUACAUAACGUGAUAAGCAAUACGGCCAAGCCGUUCCUUGUGAAUUAAAAAAAACUACAUAACUGACCAAAUUGUAUUAUUUAUUUUUUCGUUUGCAUCCAAAACAUGUUCUUGAUGAACACGUUCACGACGCGUUGGAAUAAAAAAAUUCUAUGUACACCAAAUGUACUAUGUACACUACCGUUGUUUGAUAAACGUAGAAAAUCAAUCUAAGGUCGAAUCGAUUGAAUGCAUUCGAGAAAAAUAUGCAACGAGGCGGUUGUGGUUCAACUGCUAACGACCGUUACAUCAUUGUGCAGACUUUUUUCUUCGUGUAUGGCUGCAAAGCAGCACGACUCGCGUUCGAAGAUGUUUGCUAAGUCAAUUAGCUCGUUGACAGAUGUCUUCAAUUAGCGGUCGCAUCGGAAGUCCUGCUACUAAAUAGUCAAUAGAAAGGUUCUGCUUUUCGUGGUACACGGUUACUGUAUCGUUUUUACUUUGUAGUUUUAUCUGCCAAUCCGAGUAAACGGAUCGAUUGACAUGUUGUUCAUAUUUGCUCACGUAUAGCACGUUCCACGACCGAUUCUAGUAGAUGUUGGUCUUAUCUACAACUAAAAGAGUAACAUUCCACUAUCCACUAUGGGAGCGCAUUGUGUUCUAAUAUUGUUUCAUUUGUGCUUUCCCAUAGCUCCUCACCGAUAUAAAGUGUUUCGUUGCUGCUUCGUAAACAAACAUACAUUUUCAUUCCAGACACGUUUUAUCGUGUAGCGUUUGAAAGAGUGACAGAAGAUAAAACAGUACAACAUAUCGCAUUACUUUUCAAACUUGAUUUUUGACAAUUAUAUCUUACGCAAACUGUGUCACUCUAAUGACUCCUUUUGGGGCUAAUGUUUUUGUUUAUUCUCAGGACGGUUGGUCAUAACGACGAGUCCGAUACCACUUAAGUUCGAUGCGAUAAUUUCAUCAAUGGCUAUCUAAAUUGAAUUUACUACUAUUAUAACUGAUAAGCAUUAAUUUAAGUAGAAAGGAAGUGUGAACUGUUUGUUGAUAAGAUGGAGACACAUACAACAUGUCACGCAAUAUCGAGUUUCGGCAAAAAAGACAGUAGUGGUUAGAUAAGCAAUGUUCGUAUUUGAAUGCCCUGCUGAAAGAUGUAUGAUUGGUGUUUUAUACAAUUAUAUUAAGGCUAAUUGCUUUAAUAAGAUUUUAAAGUUGAAAAUAUGAUUAAAAGUAAUGUUUUCCAUACUAUAACUUAGCAUAUUUUCUAACAUCGACUUUGACCACUAGGUGGAUUGAAAUAGAACCAUGUUUUUUGCGCACAUGGAGAAGGGCAUUCGCGUUGGUUCGCACAAGUACGUGAAAGCGCCAACAAGACCACGCCACGAUCGGACCGGAUCGUAAGGGGAAGGGAGUCAAAUGGUGAUUUGCACCUUUUCCGCCACCUCGUGCCUUAGUUUCAUGCCGUGCAUUUACCGUACACCGUCAAACGCAUACCAUAGCGAUUGUUUUGCUCUCCGGCAUUGGAUUGGUUUCCCGCGAAUCGUUUGUCUCAGUCGAUAACUUUCCUUCUUGCAAGCCGGUUCCAACGCAAAACCCUUUGGCGCAAUACGAGUAUAGCCCACAAACGAAAACGAAGUGGUCGAAUGAAAAGUUUUAAAAGUUUUACAUGUUUGUUUGCUGCCUCGACAUUUUCUAAGCAAAUGUAGUGCAGAUCAGUUAACCAUACUAGGACCUUAUAAUAUUCACGCGGGAAAUUAAUUAAUUCAUCUUGAUCACCUUAAGCGUACAUUUGUGUGUAAGUGUCAGUUUUAAAUGGUUCUUAAGCAAUAUCGGGAGCAUUCGAACGGUACAGUACAGUAGUUACAGCAGCAAUAGCAGAGAACCGACUCCGGAACCAGAGAUGAUACCCAUCCUCAGCAAGUUUGAUCUGAAAGAAGGAGUGAAACAGAUCGUCGGCGUCUCCGAUAUCACUGAGAAUCGCAACAUAUGGCGCAUGCUGAUUGCCGAGUUUCUCGGUACCUUCUUUUUGGUCGCGAUUGGCAUCGGUAGCACGACGGGCUGGACCGACUACAAUCCCACGCUUACGCAGAUUGCAUUCACCUUCGGCCUGGUGGUCGCGACGCUAGCACAGGCUUUUGGACACGUGAGCGGAUGCCACAUCAAUCCCGCCGUUACAAUUGGGUUGAUGGUAACUGCCGACGUCAGCAUACUGAAAGGUGCUUUCUACAUUGUUUCACAGUGUAUCGGUGCAAUUGCAGGAGCAGCCGUUAUUAAGGCCGCCACACCGUCGGAAGUUGUUGGAGGACUCGGUGUGACCGGUAUAGCCCCGGGACUGUCCACUGGGCAGGGUGUCCUGAUAGAAGCGCUCAUCACCUUCAUGCUGGUGUUCGUCGUCCAUGGCGUGUGCGAUAAUCGGCGCACGGACAUUAAGGGUUCGGCGCCGCUUGCUAUCGGGCUCUCAAUCACGGCCGGCCAUCUGGCAGCGAUUAAGUACACUGGCGCCAGCAUGAACCCAGCACGUUCAUUUGGACCGGCCGUUGUAAUGGGUAAUUACACGGAUCUGUGGGUGUAUUGGGUCGGUCCGAUUGUCGGUGGCAUCGUCGCUGGUGCCGUCUACCGUCUGUUCUUCAAAAUGAACACUAACAAAGUAGGCCAAGUGACUAACGACGUUCAGUACAUUUAGCCCGGAGCGUAAUCCACUAGCUCAUCUCGAUAACUUCUACUACAAUUAACCUGACUUUGCAUCGUGUGUGAGUGUGUGAGAACGCGACAUCACACCUUGGGAUUAAUCGCAAUUAUUAAACACAUUGACAAACACCUAUAUAGCCAGGGUCCACAUUACCAAGGAUCUUAAUAUAAAACCAAACCAAAAACUAAAAUUCAACGGAAUAAAGCCGGAAUGGAAUACGCUUAACCGAAUAUAUGUGAAACAAACGGAAUCUGGGAUAAUUAUCCAGCGCCAAAAUAGCAGAUCGUUUACUGCAAAUCGUUAACAACUAAACCACUCAUCCACACCAUCAGUGCUUAAAACUCCUUAAAAAUCAUCUGGAGUAUGGAAAGCGUCCCAAUGAGAACCGAUUGGAGCUAGGAAAUAUGUGCAGCACGUGAUAAUUCCAUCCUUAGUCAUUAAACACUAACCAAUAAAUUAACAGUGUUUUAAUAACACGUUCAACGUCACGUCAAAAAUUGUAGAAGACGAUAACACGAGGCAUGACCCAUAUUUGGGUGAUGCACCUAUGAAUGUGUUAAGGCUGGCUUAUGAAUUAAUUGCAAGAGAACAACAUCUAACGUCAAUGAUAUUAGCACUAACUCCACACAUAGAGAAGCGUAUGAUUCUAAUGCUUUCAAGUAAUAACUAACAUCACUAAUGUGCUUUGCGUUUCUGUAUGGUAAUAGAGUAAUACUUUCGAAUGAUAUAUUUACAGCAUUGGUUAUUGUACAGAAAUAUUAGGUUUUAGUAUUUUUGUUCCACACCUAAAAAACACUGCAAACACACUUUUGUUCAGUUUUAUAACACUUUGGCAAACACGAGGACUUAAGACCUUUGGAGAGUAAAACACAAAUUGAUUAGAGUGUAGAACCGAUUUCGUUACUUUCAUGUAUAGGGGUUAUGUUUAUUUCCCUUCUCCUAUUUUUCUGUUUUUGUUUUUUUUAUGAUGGUUUAUUGAAACUGUAGGCAUCAACUUAUCACAUACACACACUCGUUCUCUGUAAGAUUCUUGUCACACAUUAUAUAUUAUUUAAAUGAAACUUCACAACUAUUAUUAGGAAAAACUUACGAGUAAGAGAAAUAGUGGGUUAGGGGAAGGCCACUUUUCAUUUAUGUAGCAAGAAAUCGUUUGCGUUUGCGAAUAGCCGUGGACACAAUAGCAUGGCGAUCUUAACAGGCUACCGAGUGCAUUUGAGUUGUCGAUGGUAGUUUAAGAAAAGAGUUUUCUUUGUCAAUUCAACCAUAAAAUAAAACAGGAUGAAUUCGACCCAAUUGUUGUUCUGCGGAAUGAAAUAAUUGUGACAAAAAAAUCGAGCAAACAAAACACAACUAUGAAAAAACAUGUCGGAGAAUAUCAUCUAUCGGUUACAUCGUUUCUCGGCCAUAAAGGUUAAGAUCGAAGUGUAGUAUCCAUCGAUGAGAGAGAUUCGAUUCUAUCCGUAAGUUCUAUUUAUGUAUCAUAUACAUCGGAAUUUACCAAAACAGUGGUGUUGUGACAGAAUAAAAGAAACAGAAGAACUUUAAAUAAAUAAAAACUAAUGUUAAAAGUGUGAAA